GUGGUUGUGUGGAUGAGAUCUAACGGAAUUCAUCAUCCUUUAACAUAUAUACACUCACUGUGCCCACCACAUCUUCUUAAAUCUUCCACCACUUUUUUUAAAAACUCCGACUUUUUCCUAUUCAGAGCCUCGCAAAAACAAGAGGACAAAAAUAUUUACAAAAUUCGGGGUCAUUUUUCAUCACCGAAAAAGAGGCACAUUUUUAUUACAGAAAAAUGGUGAAUCGUUAGAAAAAUUUGGACCCAUUCUCCGCAAUUGUUCUUCCGGCAACCCAAUCCGUCCAUCAAGUUAUAGUUAAAGUUGGUGCAAGAUUGGUUCAAAAGCUGUACGAACCAUUACUGCUCCAUUUUUCAAGUAUUAAUCUACGACAAGAGUUUAAAGAUGCGCAUUACUGCCAUUACUUACUAUAUUGAGUAAACUUUUUAAAAUUUCGCCGAAUUAUUUAUUAAACCGUCCAAAAUGUCACAUGCAUCGAGCUAUUAUCAGGGGGACUACAUUGCACAUCCCGUCCUAUACGAAUUGGGCCAUAAAUAUGGGCUUGACCCUGACCCUAGCGAUGGUGGGAUUGGAAUUUCCCAUAAACUAGAAGAAUUGAAAGAACUGAUACGAAAAGAAAUUAGGAAAGAGCUCAAAAUUAAGGAGGGGGCUGAAAAACUUCGGGAUGUUUCCAAAGAUAGAAAAAGCUUAUCAGAAUUAACCGCCUUAGUUAAGAAAUCCUCCAUCAAAUUAACUGAAAUGCAGCAAGAAUUACAAGAACUGGAUUCACAAAUAAUUUUAACUCAAGGGGGUUUCCCAAGCAUGGACAAUGGACAUAACAAUCAGUCUUUAAAAUCGUCUGCAAACCUUUCUUCAUUUGAUGAGAGGAUAUCUUCCCUUGAAAAGCAGUUAAAUAUCGAAUUGAAAGUUAAGCAAGGCGCUGAAAAUAUGAUUCAGAUAAGCAGUGGGCGUGAUAAGAAAUUGUUGGAAAAUGCUCAACAAAUGCUUCAAGACUCGAAAGCAAAAAUUGAUUAUUUAAAAAUGAGGAUAGCCAAAACCAAACACAAUAGGUCAGAUAAUGUUGCAAGCUCAAGUUCUGGAAAUUCACAUAGAAGAGAUCGAAAUAACGAUGGACUAACACCACUGGAAGCAAGAAUUGAGGAAUUGAAGCAUCGUCUAAAAAUUGAAAAAGCUGUACAGGAUGGAGCACGAAAUGUAAUUCGCAGCCUACAAUCAACUAAAGGAAGUGACAAAAAGGCUCUUCAAGAGGCUCAAAGCAAAUUUCACGAAUCUGGACAAAAAAUAGAUUUAUUACGACUCGCCCUUGAGACAAAGUUGUCAGAAAUGCCACCGGAUUCUAGAAAAUCGAAAGAGUUGAGACACGAGUUGGAGUUGGCUUCUUUGUCUCCGCACAGUCAUAAUCCAGCGUUUUCAUUCGAAGCUCUAAAUCAACCUUCCAGCCGUCUCAGCACCACAUCGCUAAGCAAAUGUGCCGCAGUGACCGGAAAGUUAGAAGUUCGACUCAUGGGAUGUCAAGAUCUUCUUGAAGAAGUCCCAGGACGUUCCAAAAGUAGAGAUUCCGGUAGUCCGGCGGAUCUUAAAGCCUUCAUGAAGGGAGUAACUGGUCGAAGUUCAUCAAAAUCAUACAGUGUCAAGGAUGAGACAAGCAUAAAUUCUGCAAUCGGAAUUGGAUGCUUUGGUGGUGGCAGCACUUCUUCUGAUCCAGAAGAACGGAGGAAUGAAAUUAUGGCAAUUUUAAAGUUAGACAAUCAAACCGUUGCGCAAACACAUUGGAAACCAUGUUCACAACAAGCUUGGGACCAACGAUUCAGUAUUGACUUGGACAAAUCAAGGGAGCUAGAAAUUGACGUUUGCUGGAAGGACUGGAGGCAACUAUGUGGCCUUAAAAUCCUGCGUUUGGAAGAAUUCAUUGACGAUGUUCGUCAUGGGAUGGCACUUCAAUUGGAACCUCAAGGCCUCCUAUUUGCAGAAAUCAAAUUUUUAAACCCCAUGAUCUCAAGAAAACCUAAACUUCAGCGUCAAAGAAAAAUAUUCAAGCAACAAGGGAAGAAUGUUCCACGACCAACUCAAUUAAAUAUCAAUGUUGCCACCUGGGGUCGACUUAUCAAACGGUCAAAUCAAAUCCCUCCGCCACCGUAUACUCCUGGUACGCCUACACAUAAUCAGUCGAUAUCUGGUCCCAACGCUUCCUCUCAAAUCAGUUCACAACAGUCUAAUAUACUCAACAAUAAUUCUGCCCAAUCAGCUCCCCCACGACCUCCACGACUUGACCUUUCACAAAUACCUUCCCGAGCGGAUGUGAUUCUCGAGUUAAAGACUAAUGAAUUAAGGACGUUUACCACACCAGACAGACCAAGUACAUCUGUUCCAACCACUCCAUAUAUGCAAAUCGUCACAACCCCGUCAGAAGUGGAAGUUUGUAGUGUGUUCCAACAAUGGAAUUUGCGGCAAAGUUCUGUGGUUUGUGAAAUUGUGGACGGAGAUGAUGACGUGGAUGGUGGUGGGGAUUUUUCCACUUAUGAUGAACCCUAUGUCGAUGAACCUGAGGAAGUUGAGGUCGAGACUCCCAAAAUAGAGGUUAGGCCACCCCCUCCGCCCAGAAUGAUAAUUGACCCACCUCCAAUGUUUGAAACCAGAAGGGUGAUCCCAGCAGCCGGACGUAAUACCGGAAUGACUUUCGACAAUUUUAGACUAAUUAGUGUACUUGGUCGAGGACAUUUCGGAAAGGUGAUACUUGGACAAUACAAACUAACCAACGAAUAUUUUGCUCUAAAAGCGCUUAAGAAGGGAGACAUCAUUUCCAGAGAAGAAGUCGAAUCCCUGUUAGCUGAAAAACGAAUUUUUGAAGUCGCAAAUUCCGUUCGCCAUCCGUUUUUGGUCAACUUGUUUGCAUGUUUUCAAACAGAUCAGCAUGUGAUAUUUGUGAUGGAAUACGCAUGUGGUGGUGACUUAAUGAUGCAUAUUCACGCUGAUGUGUUUAAUGAAGAAAGAGCAGUGUUCUAUGCAGCUUGCGUCACCCUCGGAAUGCAAUUUCUUCAUGAAAACAAAAUAAUUUAUCGAGACUUAAAAUUAGAUAAUUUAUUAUUGGACACUGAUGGUUAUGUUAAGAUGGCGGAUUUUGGUCUGUGCAAGGAACAAGUCGGGUUUGGAGACCGAACUAACACAUUUUGUGGGACACCAGAAUUUCUCGCUCCAGAAGUACUUACGGAACCAUCAUACACACGAUCAGUGGAUUGGUGGGGCCUUGGAGUUUUAAUUUAUGAAAUGCUAGUAGGAGAAUCUCCAUUUCCAGGCGACGACGAAGAAGAGGUAUUUGAUGCUAUAGUGUACGAAGAAGUCCGAUAUCCACGUUCGCUGUCCCUUGAAGCAAUUGCUAUAAUGAGAAGACUUUUGCGAAAGAAUCCUGAACGAAGAUUGGGCUCUUCUGAAAGAGAUGCAGAAGAUGUCAAGAAGCAAGCAUUUUUCCGCAACAUUCAGUGGGAAGAGUUAUUAGCAAGAAAAUUAAAACCUCCGUUUAUUCCAACUGUAAAAAAUAUGGAAGAUGUUUCAAAUUUUGAUGAAGAAUUCACGUCAGAAAAAGCAAUUUUAACCCCGCCAAAGGAGCCAUACCCCUUGACAGAAAGUCACCAGAUCUUGUUUAAAGAGUUCGAUUACAUGAGUAUGAAUAUCUGAGUUCUCAUUUGAUGUAAUUUAAAUUUAUUUACAUGAACGACUGGUGCUAGUUUGAACCACUGGUCACAGCCUAUGGUUUGGCCAUGCUGGUACACAUAAUUCACCAUUGAAUUAGUACAUUGUACGAGUAGUUAUGAGAUAUGAGACACCGCAGCUACCCUAUUAUUGCAGCCUUUUUUUGUCAUGCUUGGAAUUAUUUUACACUAAUAACUGUAUCAUGUGCAACUUAUCAAUGUUAUUAACAUAUCACCACCACGUAUUACUAUGUAUUCUACUAUAUUAUUGCACACCGUUAUAAAUUCUUAAUUGUGGUUGUAUCUAAAGACAAAGUAUUUUUUUAAACUUAUUAGAUUAUCAAUCAAAGGACAUGGCACUCCCAGUAUUGGAAAUGAUGUGAUAUUUUCUCAAGUUUUUGAUAUGUUGUAGAUAUUUACGAGUAGAACACAAGUUGAAUUACCUUUAAAGUCAAAAUCCACCUAGCUGAUGUUGUUUUGGAGGUCGAAAGGUCAGGGAUCGCCGUGUCCCAUAAAUGGGAUGUCGUUGGAAAGGACUCGGCCACCAGUGGUGGAGUGGUCCUGGGCUCGACAAAGUAUAUAUAUUCUUAAUCUACUCGCUGAGACCUUUCCAACGACUCCCUAUUUAUGGGCGCGGUGACCUAUGACCUUCGACCCCCCAAAACAACGUGACUUGGUGGAUUUCGACUUUAAAGGUAAUUCAACUUGUGUUCUAUGUACUUGUAAAUAUCUAUAACAUAAAAAAUUUGGGAAAAUAUAUUUCGCCAUACUUAGAGUGCCAGGCCACUGAUACUUUCUAGCAAUUUUCGCAUUUGUAUUUAAUCUAAUGUAAUGAUAAUCAUGUUCAUGAGUUUAUAAUUCGCAUUUGUUGAUUGAUAUAUAUAUAUAUCUAAUAAUGUCAAUAAUAUGUUUAUUUGAUUGUAUCAUACUAUUGUAUCGUAUUGUAUCAUUGCUUCUGCCUAUGUAUGUGUCUACCUACAUAGGCGUGUGUAGUACCUUUUUGGCCUUACUGAAUAUUAAAAAUGUCACAUAGUCAAAAA